CUCUCUGUUCGUUGGUUGGUCUUUGCUGUGAGAGAGCGACGUGGCUCCGAACAAUUUCUCCAGUUUGAAAGCAAAGGCAAAUCGUUGUUGUUGUUGUAGUUUGUUGGUUUUAUUGCUUGUGAAUUCAGAUCUCUAAGGCAGUUCGAUUUCAUUGGGGGUUUUCUUUCUUGUUUUAAUGACGAUCUCCCAUAGAUCACUGUGAAGUGUGACCAGAGAUUCAGAGCGCUUUCCACUGGCAGAAUGAAAAUGAUGGUUUCUGGGCCUGUGACGCCGGGUCAGGUUUCUUUUUUGCUUGGAAUAGCCCCAGUAUUUAUUGCAUGGAUAUAUGCUGAGAUCCUGGAAUAUAGAAAGUCUUCAUCUACUCCAAAAGUCCAUUCAGAUGUCAAUCUGGUUGAAUUGGAUAAGGAAACAAUUAAGGAUGAUGAUCGUGCCAUUUUGCUGGAAGGGGGCCUUACAAGAUCAGCAUCUGCAAGAGUUCAGAAUUCAUCAGUCAAAGCAAACAUAGUCAGGUUUCUAACUAUGGAUGAUUUGUUCUUGCUGGAGAACCGACCAACUUUGAGAACCAUGGCUGAAUUUGGAGCGAUUCUGAUCUAUUUCUACCUAUGUGAUCGCACUGACUUGUUUCCAGAGUCCACUAAGACGUACAAUCGAGACCUUUUUCUCUUUCUCUACUCUCUUCUCAUCAUAGUUUCAGCUAUUACUUCUCUCAAGCGGCACCAUGACAAAUCAGCAUUUUCUGGAAAAUCUAUACUUUAUCUUAAUCGUCAUCAAACUGAGGAGUGGAAAGGAUGGAUGCAGGUACUAUUUUUAAUGUACCACUAUUUUGCUGCAAUGGAGUUUUACAAUGCCAUACGUGUCUUCAUUGCUGCAUAUGUUUGGAUGACUGGAUUUGGGAACUUCUCUUAUUACUACAUUCGGAAGGAUUUUAGUCUUGCACGGUUUGCUCAGAUGAUGUGGCGGUUAAAUUUCUUUGUGGCAUUUUGCUGUAUUGUUCUUAACAAUGACUAUAUGCUGUACUAUAUCUGCCCAAUGCACACGCUUUUCACUCUUAUGGUGUAUGGAGCACUUGGUAUUUUUAAUAAGUACAACGAGACAGGAUCCGUGAUGGCUGUAAAAAUUAUAGUAUGCUUUUUGGUGGUUAUCUUGAUUUGGGAAGUCCCUGGAGUUUUUGACCUUUUCUGGUGGCCUUUGACAUUCCUUUUAGGUUACACUGAUCCAGCAAAAGAAAAUUUGCCACGUCUACAUGAAUGGCAUUUCAGAUCAGGCCUUGACCGUUAUAUCUGGAUCAUUGGAAUGCUUUAUGCUUAUUAUCAUCCCACAGUUGAGAAGUGGAUGGAUAAACUAGAGGAAUCUGAAACCAAGCGAAGACUUUCAAUUAAGGCAAUCAUUGUGGCAGUUUCUUUACUGGCUGGUUAUUUGUGGUAUGAAUUUAUUUACAAGCUGGACAAGGUUACAUACAACAAGUACCAUCCUUACACCUCAUGGAUACCCAUAACUGUUUACAUUUGCUUGCGAAAUUGCACACAGCAGCUCCGUAGUUUCUCUUUGACUCUGUUUGCGUGGCUUGGCAAGGUAACGCUGGAGACUUACAUUUCCCAGUUUCAUAUCUGGCUGAGAUCUAGCAUGCCAAAUGGUCAGCCAAAAUGGCUUCUUGUUCUUAUUCCAGAUUACCCGUUGUUAAACUUCAUGCUUACAACUGCUAUUUAUGUCUUGAUAUCCUACCGACUUUUUGAACUGACCAAUUCACUGAAGGCAGUUUUUAUACCCACAAAGGACAGUCGGCGUCUUCUACAUAAUUCUAUUGCUGCAGCUGUGAUUGGAUUGAGCAUAUAUUGCAUCUCAUUGCUUCUUCUUCAGAUUCCUCAAUGACCAGUCUGACAGAUGGUUAUUGAGACCCAGAUAUGUUUACAGAGAUUUCUUGAAACUGUAAAAGCAGUGGACUCGGAAUCUAUUGUUUGUGAAUCUUACUUGAAAGGGAAAUGCAUUUCCAACAAUUUUUGAAGACAAUUCUAGCAUCCUGCAUGGCACCAUCAAGCAUAUAUACCUUGUAGAAUGGAGGGGAGUGGGAUUCUUUUCAUUGGAAAAUGAGGUAGAGUUUGCCUUAGAAGUGUGGAAAAAGUGCAGGUGUGGGCAUGGGAUGGGGGGAAAUCUGGUUUGUAUUCUUGGAAAUUGCAAUAACAGUUUAUAGUUUUUCUCCAAUUGCCAUGAUGGGCUUGUGUUACAUAGGCUUCCUUCUUAGGUUAUCAAACACAUUCAAGAUUCAUUGUCAAUGCAUUUUUUUUACCCC